ACAGCGGCCACAUCCUGGUACGAGGAGUUCCGGCGGCUCUAUGACACGGUGCCCUGCGUGGAGGUGCAGACGCUCCGGGAGCACACGGACCAGGUCCUGCACCUCAGCUUCUCCCACUCGGGCUACCAGUUUGCGUCCUGCUCCAAAGACUGCACCGUGAAGAUCUGGAACAACGACCUGACCAUCUCGCUGCUGCACAGCGCAGACAUGCGGCCCUACAACUGGAGCUACACACAGUUCUCCCAGUUCAACCAGGACGACUCGCUGCUGCUGGCCUCGGGGGUGUUCCUGGGGCCCCACAACUCCUCCUCCGGGGAGAUUGCGGUCAUCAGCCUAGACACCUUCGUGCUGCUGUCCCGAGUGCGCAACAAGCCCUACGACGUGUUCGGCUGCUGGCUCACCGAGACCAGCCUCAUCUCCGGCAACCUGCACCGCAUCGGGGACAUCACCUCCUGCUCCGUGCUCUGGCUCAACAACGCCUUCCAGGAUGUUGAGUCUGAGAACGUCAACGUGGUGAAGCGGCUCUUUAAGAUUCAGAACCUCAACGCCAGCACCAUCCGCACGGUGAUGGUGGCCGACUGCGGCCGCUUUGACAGCCCCGACCUCCUGCUGGACACCAGCGCGCCCCCGGGCCACGUCUUCGACCUGAGCAUGGCGGAGCUGCUGGCCCAGGGCCGCACCAAGCUCCCCGAGGGCCAUGCGGCCUGCACCCAGCACAAGCUUCUCAUCUUCACCACCGGCUGCCUCACCUACUCCCCGCACCAGAUUGGCAUCAAGCAUAUCCUGCCGCACCAGAUGACCACGGCGGGGCCAGUGCUGGGCGAGGGGCGGGGCUCCGAUGCCUUCUUUGAUGCCCUGGACCACGUGAUCGACGUGCACGGGCACAUCGUUGGCAUGGGCCUGUCCCCCGACCAUAGGUACUUGUACGUGAACAGCCGCGCCUGGCCCAGGGGCUCGGUGGUGGCCGACCCCAUGCAGCCGCCACCCAUCGCCGAGGAGAUCGACCUGCUGGUGUUUGACCUCAAGACCAUGCGGGAGGUGAAGCGGGCCCUGCGCGCCCACCGCGCCUACACGCCCAACGACGAGUGCUUCUUCAUCUUCCUGGACGUGAAUGCAAACCCCCAGCGAGACGCUGACGCACGGCGCCUGCGGAAUGAAGAGCGGGAGCUGCUGGGUGCGGGGGAAGCGUUCACAGAGCGUCUGGCCAGGAUAAAAGCUCAGCAGGCCCGGCUGGAAGGGAGCCGGCUCAGCCUGAGAAAAGGGCUGGCCCAGAAAACCCGCAGAUAA